AUGCAGGUCAACUUCAAAAUUUUGAUGAGCUUUUUGGCACUCUACAUUUUCCCUAUUCUUGCAACAGGAAAUCUAUUACCACGCGUGUCCCCAGCUCGUUUUAGAAGAAAUGCCUUGUUUGAAAGACGGGGCUCCCUGCCAACUGGGGCAUUUGCACCCUCGAAGCUGGGUACCCGAGACGUGACCAGCCAGUGCUCGACCAAUUUUCGUAUUGGCAGCGCUAACGGGGGCACGAUAAUUGGCCAGGUCACCGUUGACGUUGACGUUACCACAAAAAGCAUUACUGUUAACUACCCAACAGCACCUUCUGGGGCUACAUACCAGGAAGCCCAUUUCUAUGUCGGGACUACACCUCCUACAGGCGGUAAUCCUGGUGGGUUUCCAUAUAGCGCUAGCUGCUCUGGGACGACAUGCACCCUUCAUGUUCCAGGCCCCUUAUCCUUCAUUAAUUGUGGGGCUAAACUCUACUUUGCCGCUCAUGCUGCUCUCAACGGACGUAAUGGCGGUACAGGAUGGGCUUUAGGAACCUGCUAUGACUGCAAUAAAUGCGGGACAGCAACCUGUCCUAAUUAUUGGUCUUGCGACAUUACAUGCCCGACCACAACCACCACAACCACCACUACUACCACUACUACGACUGAGCCAACUACUACUACCACUGAGUCAACUACUACCACUACUACGACUGAGCCAACUACUACUACCACUGAGUCAACUACCACCACUAGUACGACUGAACCAACUACUACUACCACUGAGUCAACUACCACUACUACCACUGAAGAAACAACUACUACUACUGAGCCUACUACCACUACUACCACCGAGGAAACUACCACUACUACCACUGAGGAAACUACCACUACUACUACGACUGAAGAAACUACCACUACUACUACUGAACCUACCACUACUACUACCACUGAGGAAACUACCACUACUACUACGACUGAAGAAACUACCACUACUACUACUGAACCUACCACUACUACUACCACUGAGGAAACUACCACUACUACCGAGCCUACCACUACUACUACCACUGAGGAAACUACUACUACUACUACUGAACCUACCACUACUACUACCACUGAGGAAACUACCACUACUACUACGACUGAAGAAACUACCACUACUACUACUGAACCUACCACUACUACUACCACUGAGGAAACUACCACUACUACCGAGCCUACCACUACUACUACGACUGAAGAAACUACCACUACUACUACUACUGAACCUACCACUACUACUACUACUGAGGAAACUACCACUACUACCGAGCCUACCACUACUACUACGACUGAAGAAACUACCACUACUACUACUACUGAACCUACCACUACUACUACCACUGAGGAAACUACCACUACUACCGAGCCUACCACUACUACUACGACUGAAGAAACUACCACUACCACCGAGCCAACUACUACUACUACCACUAAAGAAACUACCACUACUACCACUGAGCCAACUACUACUACUACUGAAGAAACAACUACUACUACAACUGAAGAAACAACUACUACUACCACUGAGCCAACUACUACUACUACUGAAGAAACAACUACUACUACAACUGAAGAAACUACUACUACUACUGAAGAAACAACUACUACUACAACUGAAGAAACUACUACUACUACUGAGCCAACUACCACUACUACAACUAAGGAAACAACUACCACUACCACUGAGCCAACUACUACUACCACUGAGUCAACUACCACUACUACCACUGAAGAAACAACUACUACUACUGAGCCUACUACCACUACUACCACCGAGGAAACUACUACUACUACUGAAGAAACAACUACUACUACUGAGCCAACUACCACUACUACAACUAAGGAAACAACUACCACUACCACUGAGCCAACUACUACUACCACUGAGUCAACUACCACUACUACCACUGAAGAAACAACUACUACUACUGAGCCAACUACUACUACUACUGAAGAAACAACUACUACCACUGAGCCAACUACUACUACUACUGAAGAAACAACUACUACUACCGAGCCUACUACCACUACUAUGACUGAGCCAACAACCACUAUGACUGAGCCAACUACCACUACUAUGACUGAGCCAACUACCACUAUGACUGAGCCAACUACCACUACUAUGACUGAGCCAACUACCACUAUGACUGAGCCAACUACCACUAUAACUGAGCAAACUACCACUAUAACUGAGCAAACUACCACUAUAACUGAGCCAACUACCACUAUAACUGAGCCAACUACCACUACUAUGACUGAGCCAACUACCACCACUAUAACUGAGCUAACUACCACUGCCACUGAGCCAACCACUACUACCAUUGAGCCAACCACCACUACCACUGAGCCGACCAUCACUACGUCUUGCAGAACAUAUUCGGUGUGGAAGGGUCACCAAAAUCAUGAAUAUUGCGUAACAUCUACCAUAUGCGAUAGCCAAUGGGACGUGAAAUCUAUGUCCUGGACGACAAAGGUUCACCCUGAUCAUCGCCCUGAUCAUCGCCCUGAUCACCGCCCUGAUCACCGCCCUGAUCACCGCCCUGAUCACCGCCCUGACCACCGCCCUGAUCACUGA